AUGUCAAGACCUACACUGAGCCUUUUAUCACCCCUGCGACGGACGAUCAUCCCCUCUUCACGAUGCACCUUUCCCACUCGUCGUAUACCCCACCGAUCCGUCCGGUUCAACUCCACCACUGUCCCACCGAAGUAUACCACCAAAUCACAUACCGUUCUAUCCAACCUCCUGCGACCGACCACCCUCGUGUUGAUCUGCGUACCGAUAUUGACUGGAUUCUUGGGUGUAUGGCAGCUGCAGAGACUACAGUGGAAGUUGAAUCUGAUAGAUGAGGUGGAUAGGAACCUGCAGAAGGAUCCGAUGCUGUUGCCUGAUAAUAUUAACCUCUCAGCUCUACCAGAUUUCUCCUUCCGCCGAGUGAUCCUCAGAGGUAAAUUCAUCGGACCUCCGAUCUUACAAGGUCCUCAGACGAAGGAUGGGUUCCCAGGAUACCAUCUCAUCCUCCCCUUCCAGCGUGAGAGCGGAUCGACUAUCCUGGUCAACAGAGGGUUUAUUACUACCACCCGAGCGACGGCGAUCCGAGAAGGUCGACAACCUGCUCCUGGCCUCAAUAUCGAUGGAGGCAGUGACGGGGUCACCUACGAGAUCGAGGGGAUGUUGACCAGAGCUGGUGAGCAGAAUUUCUGGACCCCACCGAACAAUGUCAGGACGAACGAGUGGUUCUGGAAGGAUAUAUUGGGCAUGACGCAGUAUGCAGGAGGGGAAGCAAGGGGGAUACAACCUGUGUUAGUGGACGCUUUUGAUGACCCAGAUGCUGCUCCGACUUUGCUGAUGAACCAAGGUAUACCGGUGGGUAGACCCCCUCACGUCGAGUUGAGGAAUCAACAUGCUCAGUAUGCUGCUAUCUGGCUCUCACUAUCCGCUUCUACAACUGUCAUGCUGGCAUACGUCUUGACAAAGGGUAAAGGUGGACCCAAGAACAGAAGACCUAGGUUGUGA